AUGCGUCAGAGCACCAACGCCGCAGCCCAGGUGCACAGGUGCGUGCCCGGCCCUCUCAUAAUCCCUGGUGGCACAGAAGACAAGGAAGGUAUUGAUCAACAUUGGCAUCUUCGUCUCGACAUUGCGCGCCACCCGUCUGUCUAUCAAGGCUGUAGUGCUUACAAUUUGGGCACCCAGGCUCCCCUCUAG